AUGAAUACUAACGAUGAGACCUCAGAAAUACCUAUUCAGCCGCUACAGUUUGCAGAAUUCUUUUUUACUUCCUCUGAUAACGAUCGGUUAUUCCUUUUAGUUCUGAAAUGCUACAUCAAUCCAGCCAUAUCGAUAUUUGGACUGGCCGCCAAUUUUCUAGGCAUGACCAUUCUCAGGAGUAGUGGACUUAACAAAGCGUCCAACGUUUUACUGUUUGGCCUGGCUUUGGCUGACAGCCUGGCCAUCUUCUUCACCAUCAACGUAGCAGAAAUGCUUCUAUUUUUCGACCCAACCAAGAAGUACCCGCGCCUAGCUGGAUGGCAGUACGAUCAGAACGUGUCUUUUAUCCUGUAUCUCCUGAGGUCUGCGUUUUACUUCGUGGGAGACUGGGGGGCGUACGUCAACACCACCAUCCCAGCCAUAAUCACAUGCGAAAGGCUGGUAGCCAUAUUUUCACCGCUACAUUUCAAGAAGUACAUCACAGCUAAAUUCGCGGUGGUUAGUGUAGUGAUUUCGUUCGUGUUUUGGAUUCCGCUGUCUGCGUUUUUUCACUACGUGACCCCGUUUGACUAUGUACGGAUUUCUAACACAACGUACAUGGGAAUCUGGAAGCUGUCUGAUUAUUAUAUAAACAACUCCAGGGUGAUUCUCAUAGUCAACAAUUAUGUCUUCGAGAUUAUGUCGUCUUGGGCCCCCGUCUGUUUCGUCACAGUUGGGUGUAUCGCGAUUUGGAUUAAGGUCAAAAUAACGAUGAGGAAGCGGAGGAAUCUAGGAGCAGCAGAUCGAGGCUCAAACACUUCAACCAGAACGACGAAGACCCUCCUGGCGACGUGUGCCUUCUUCGCGUCAACUCACUUCUUGUAUUCUGUAUUGAUUUAUAUCUUCGAUCCCGAUUUCUUCAUUUAUCAGAAACAGUUCAUCGUUUAUGAAAUCAUGCACUCCAUUUAUUUGAUCAACAACUCCAGCAAUUUCUUUGUCUAUGUAGCUUUCAACAAGAAACUGUGGCUGAUCUUCAAACGAAUGGUUUUCCCACAAAGCAGGAAAAGAAUGAUCAAUUAUUAA